UGCUCCGACAAGAAACUUCCGAUCCGCGCAACACCGCACCGCGACAGAAGGGGGCGUCGUCUUCAGACUUUUUACCGUCGCCAUCGGACCGAGAUAAAAGUGCGUUCGAGGAGACCGGGGUGGACAGUUCUCCCUCGCCCUCCCCCUCCGCCUCCCUCCCUCUCGACCCAAUUCCCAGAUCGGCGAUGUCUACAUGCUAUCGUCGGAUCCUCAACACCUCGAUCUCCCCACCAUCCGAUCUCUCUUUCCGGCGGCCACAUCUCCGACCUGUGUCCGUCCGCUCUGCAUCGAGCGAUGGGAUCACCCGCGCUCUCCGAUCGACGAGCGUGUCGUGGACCCCAGAACCGGCCGUCGACCGUUCCCUUGGCGGCCGAGGGACGCACCGGGGGAAGGGAUCUCCGGCGGUUAUGUGCCUCAGCGCCAUGGGGGAGAUGAUCGGCGAAGUGGAGGUGGAGGGGCGGCGGAGUAGGGCGGCGGAGGUGUUGGCGGCAGCGGCUGUCACGGUGGUCUUGGGGACCGGCAAUCGAGUGCUCCAAAAGCUUGCGCUCGUACCGCUCAAGGAGUACCCGUUCUUCCUCGCCCAAUUCACCACGUUCGGAUACUUGGUGGUGUACUUUUCUAUCCUUUGCAUUCGUUAUCAUACUGGCAUUGUCACCGAUGAGAUGCUGUCUCUACCGAAGACCCCAUUUUUGGCUGUGGGACUUCUAGAGGCUUUGGCAGCAGCAUCAGGAAUGGCAGCAGGAGCUGUUCUUUCUGGGGCAUCGAUUCCAGUACUAUCUCAGACAUUUCUUGUUUGGCAGCUUCUUUUUUCAGUUAUAUUUCUUAAGAGGCGAUAUCGUUUCAACCAAAUACUAGGGUGCUUGCUUGUGAUGGUUGGAGUAGUAAUCACUGUGACAAGUGGGUCAGUUGCUGGCAUGUCAUUGAAAAAUUCUGGAAUAUUUUGGUCGCUUCUCAUGAUAACAUCAUUUUUAUUUCAAGCUGCUGACACCAUUUUGAAGGAGAUGAUAUUCUUGGAUGCUGCUAAGAAACUAAAGGGAGGUUCGGUUGAUCUUUUUGUAGUGAACUCAUUUGGAUCUGCUUUUCAAGCACUGUUUAUAUGCCUUUUAAUGCCGUUUUUGUCAAAGCUAUGGGGCAUUCAUUUCAGUCAGUUGCCCUCAUACAUUAGGGAUGGAACAGCCUGCUUCUUAAAUAUUGGUUCACUGUCAAAAGGAUGUGAGGGUGCACCAAUUUUACCAGUAUUGUUUGUGAUUGUUAACAUGGCCUUUAACAUAUCAUUGCUACAUCUUCUGAAGAUUUCUUCGGCAGUAGUCUCUUGUCUUGCAUCCACUUUUGCAGUUCCUCUCGCCAUCUAUGCCUUCACACUGCCAUUGCCAUACAUUGGAGCAGCUUCAUCGCUACCCACAGGCUUCAUUGCUGGAGCAGCAGUUCUUGUGUCUGGUCUCCUCCUCUAUUGUUGGGCUCCAUCUCGAAGCCCCUCUCACACUAAAUUAACCUGACUCUCCAAAUGUUAGAGAUGUAGAUCUCUCCCUUUUCCUCAUCUUGUAUGUUUUUAGUUUGUGUUUCCUACUUCCAUGGCUUUCUGGAUCUUUGACCUGAGAACCAGAAGGAAUUUUGUUGUCCUCUUUGUUCACCGAUAGCAAGAAAAAAAAUGAUCAUCCAUCACUAUCUGUCAAAUCAAAGUUUUUAUUAGUUAAAUUGGUCAGCACAUUUAAAAAUA